ACCCCAAAUAUCCAAAACUUAACAUCCUCGUCCGUUAAUAAAUUAUUGUAAACCCGAUCUACCGAGUCGUUUUACGCGCACACAGUCCAGCUAUUAUAACUGUACUAACUAGUGGUUGUAAAACGGUUGAUCACAUCUCCCGCCACACAUCACCCCUCUUUCUCUCUCCUACCAAAAAAAACUUACUCUCAUGGCUGCUGCUGCUUGCUCCCUCAUUGUACCGCCAUUGUUGAACCUUCAAUUCUCAUCCAAUUCCAUUACUAGAACCAGCCGCCAUUGGAGCUCAUCAAGAAAAAAAGCAACUGCUAAAGUAUUCGCCAAAAGCGGCGGAAACGGCGGCGACGAUGAUGAAACGUCGUCGUUUAAUCCGUUCGGCUUCGUUACUGAUAAUCCGUCGAGCAAGAGCGCUAUUCAACUCCCUGAGAGCCCCGCCGAGGAUGGCAAUGUCGGCCAAAUGCUCUAUAGGAUAGAGGACAAGGGAAAGGAAUAUGGGCGUUAUAUUAAAUCUGGGGACUUAGUGUGGUUUGUUAGAGAAACAGGUUCACCUGAUAGAGGACGUGGAACCAUCGUCUUCCUCCAUGGGGCACCAACACAAUCUUAUAGCUACCGAGUUGUUAUGUCACAGAUGUCUGAUGCUGGAUUUCACUGCUUGGCACCCGAUUGGAUAGGCUUUGGUUUCAGUGAUAAGCCAUAUCCAAAAUAUGGCUUUGACUAUACAGAAAAGGAGUUCCAUGAUGAGUUUGAUAAGUUACUUGAAGUGCUAGGAGUGAGCUCUCCUUUUCUUCUAGUUGUACAGGGUUUUUUAGUAGGAUCCUAUGGAUUGACCUGGGCACUGAAAAAUCCCAGCAGGAUAUCUAAACUCGUGAUACUGAACAGUCCACUAACAGCCUCAUCUCCGGUCCCUGGACUGUUUCAACAGCUAAGAAUCCCACUUUUUGGUGAAUUCACGAGCCAGAAUGCUAUUAUGGCCGAACGAUUCAUUGAAGGAGGUAGCCCCUAUGUUCUGAAGCUGGAAAAGGCUGAUGUAUACAGGUUACCAUAUCUGUCAAGCAGCGGUCCAGGAUUCGCCUUGCUCGAAGCUGCAAGAAGAACUAACUUCAGAGAGGUAGCAACUCAAAUAGCUACAGGAUUUGCAUCAGGAAGCUGGGAUAAACCUAUACUAAUAGCAUGGGGUGUAUCAGACAAAUAUCUCCCACAAUCAAUAGCAGAAGAGUUUCAAAAGGGUAAUCCUUCAGCUGUCAAGCUUAAAUUGAUAGAAGGAGCUGGUCAUAUGCCGCAGGAGGACUGGCCUGAGAAAGUUGUUGGUGCUUUGAGAGUAUUCUUAUGAAGAUAGUAACCAAGUGCAUGUAUAAUGGUAACCAAGCGCAUGUAUAAUGAAACUAAUCCUGGAAAAUAUGAAGGUUGCAGACUGGAAGAAUGCCGAGCUAUUCGAGGAGAUGCUGAUAUACAUCAACUGCUCCAUUUGAGAAAUUUUCUACAUUCUGGUUUUGCAAUCAGUUAUAUGGUAAUCUAAGAAGGCAGCUCAGAUUCCCCUUCUCCCCAGUUGUAAAUUCACAAUUCAGUUGUACAUUCUGGUUGGGUAAUGGGUAGUAUAAGUGCAUUUUUGGUAACGGAGGGAGUUCUUGUAUAUCAUAUACUAACGCCCUAAUAACAACUAGCUAGUAACAUUUCUUUCCAACUUUAAUUAAGAAAUUUAACAGUAAUGAGAAUGUUACUGUACGAGUAAUUAUAAUUA